AUGGACACCAGUUACCUGUCUCAGCAGGUCAACACCAUUAUUGGCCAGCUGCACGGACUAUUUGACGAGAUUGGCGUCCCUAAUCAUGAUCGCGAGAAGCGCGAGGAAGACCUCUUCGAGGCCCUUUCCAAGGCGCUCAUCGACCAGGUCCGUCUAGUGACAAGCGAAAAGGAGGAGAUGAUUGAGGAAGCCGAGCGAAUGAUCACUACUAUCCAACAAAUGGAGGCAUCACUCGACGACAACCGCGCGCGCCGCGACCGGAACGACGACCUCCAGAUCACAUACCCCCUAACGCGCUGUUUGCAAACACUCAAGGAGAAGCACAAGCAGAUUGCCCGGUUGCACAAGGAGCGCUUCGAACAGGUCAAGAAACUCGUCGAAGCACUCGAAUCAUAUUCGUCGCACCUUGAAGCCACCUUCGUCCAGAUCCCCCUGCCGCCAACCGGCCCGAACCAGUCUAUUCCGCCCAACUUUGACCUGUCGCCGUCGUACGUGGACAAGCUCGACCAUGAGUUUACGAGAGUCUAUGAAGAGUACACCCGUCGCGUCGCAACGGUUAAGGCCCUUUGCGAGCACAUCAUCCAGCUCUGGGCCGAACUGGGCACCCCUCAAGCCCAGACCGACGGCGCCAUCGUCAAGUACUACCGCGAGUCCCCCGAACAGUUGGGUCUGCACCAGGAGGACCUCGAACGUCUCAAGGCAAAGCGCGACAAGCUGUCGGACGAGAAGAAGAACCGCGAGAAGCGUCUGAAGGACCUGCGGGUGGCAGUCGAGGCCCUCUGGGAAAAGCUCGAGGUCGACAUGGGCGAGAGGAAGGCGUUCCUCAACAGCAACCGAGGCUGCGGCGUAAGACAGAUCAACGAGUUUGAGGACGAGCUGAACCGCUUGAACGAGCUCAAGCGACAGAACCUGCACCUGUUCGUCGAGGACGCGCGCUACAAACUACAGGAGUUGUGGGAUGCGCUGUAUCUCUCAGAGGACGAGAUGCUCGAGUUUACACCCGCAUUUUCUGAUGUUUACAGCGACGCGCUUUUGGAAGCUCACGAGCGCGAGAUCCAGAGACUAGAAACCCUCAAAGAACAGCGCGCCCCGACACUCGAGCUCAUUGACAGGCACAAGAGCCUCACUCAUGAGCGCGACGAGCUCGCGGCUUCCAGCCAGGAUGCCUCCCGCCUCAUGAUGCGAGGACAAAAGGGCGAGAAGCGCGACCCCGGCAAGCUUCUCAGAGAAGAGAAGAUGCGCAAGCGCAUUGCCAAGGAGCUUCCCAAGAUCACCGUCGAUCUGCGAAAGGUCCUUGAGCGCUUCGAGGACGAAUUCGGACGGCCUUUCCUUGUCCACGGCGAGCGGUACCUGGAUGUCAUCGAAGCUGAAGACAGACCAGCGCCUGGCCCGCGAUCCAAGACUCCUGGUAUCGGGGCGGCCCCGGCCUCCAUGACCAGACCCAAGGGACACGCCAGAGCUAACAGCACUACCGGCAUCGCGAGACCUCCCACGCGCAAUGGUGCUAGGACGCCGGCUCCAGCGCCCACGAUCAAGCGCGCCGCCACCACCGUAAACAGCGCAGCUCAAGCCAGACCCCUUUCCGCUCAUGCGAAAUCCCAGGAAAUCCUCCGACCGGGUUCUUCCAUGGGCACCGUCAGGGAGAGGGCACAAACUCUCAAUAGGCCGCCGGGCAGCCCAUCGAGGAUCCCGGCGCGCCCUCCGCUGACGAACAUCAAGUACGGCAACAACUCGCCCGAGAGGCAGGACCGACCCGCAUCGAGAAUCGAUGCGUACGCAACGAUCCGGGGUGGGGCUCCUAUGCGCGCCCCUCCGCCGAAGAUGCGGGAUCUGAACACGGUAGAGCUUGGGGCCCCCGCAAACCUGUACAAGAUGGCAGGACUGAGUGGGAGCAUCGUGCGCCAGGUCGAGCUGGAAGAUCCUUACGACGAGGACUGCCAGCAGUCGGGUCUGAUGAGGGCCAACUCGACCCUGUCGCACACGUCGCACGCCUCUCAUGCGUCGUACGCCUCUCAAAGCUCCCAUCACUCUGGUGGAUCUUCCCAGCACGAUUACCACUCUUCGACCCUGCGCCAGUACCCCCCCUCCUCAUACCCCCAAGCACCACCACCCCGACAAAUUUCCAACUCAUCCAACGGGUCCAGCAACGUGACUGGCUCGGAGAACUGGGAAACGUACGACGACGCCAGCGAGCCGGAGCAAGAUGCUACAGACACAUACUAUGCCAAGGUGCGGGCCGCCCGCUGCAAUCGUUUCGAGCCGGAAGCAGGGCAGCGGCCGCCGGCCAACGACCCCAAGAGACAACGCCCUUUCCCGAUGACGGCACCUGCUGGACACGUGUACAGCGACGGCGAGGGCAACCGCAUCAUCUCGGGUAGCGAGUGGACAGACGAAGACGGAUACUAA